UUUUAUCCCCCAAGGUGGGCACGUCGGAUCUAUUAGGUGCAAGUUUUCUACAAACAUUACUUUCUUCUGUUCUCAAGUAUGACUUGGCGGAUGGCUCUGCAGCUUCGGAGUGGCCUCCAGGGAGCAGCUGUGAUGGUGAUCCUGAUGGUGCUGGGUGCCCCAGUGGCUGAGGGCCGUGACUCUCCACAGGAUUUCGUGCUCCAGUUUAAGGGCUUGUGCUACUUCACCAACGGGACGCAGCGGGUGCGGGGUGUGGCCAGAUACAUCUACAACCGGCAGGAGUACGUGCGCUUCGACAGCGACGUGGGCGAGUUCCUGGCGGUGAUCGAGCAGGGCCGGCCGGACGCCGAGUACUAUAACAGCCAGCCGGACAUCCUGGAGCAGUAUCGGGCCGCGGUGGACACGGUCUGCAGACACAACUACCAGGGUGAACUCGUUACCACCCUGCAGCGGCGAGAGGUGCCUACAGUGACCGUCUUCCCAUCUGAGACAGAGGUUCUGGAUCACCACAACAUGCUGGUCUGCUCGGUGACAGAUUUCUAUCCAAGCAAGGUCAAAGUCCGGUGGUUUCGGAAUGGCCAGGAGGAUACAGCUGGUGUGGUGUCCACUCCCCUUAUUAGGAAUGGGGACUGGACCUUCCAGAUCCAGGUGAUGCUGGAGAUGACUCCGCAGCGAGGAGAUGUCUACACCUGCCACGUGGAGCACUCCAGCCUGGACAGUCCCAUCAUGGUGGAGUGGAGGGCACAGUCUGAAUCUGCGCAGAGCAAGAUGCUAAGUGGUGUCGGGGGAUUUGUGUUGGGUCUGAUCUUCCUUGGGCUUGGCCUUAUCAUCCGUCACAGGAGUCAUAAAGGAUCCCAUGGACCUCCACCUGCAGGACUCUUGCACUGACUCCUAAGGACAUGCUGAGUGAGAUUGGUUACUGCUUCUGUAAUGCCUAACUUCUUGUCCUACCUUGGAACUCCCACCUGCCUGGGUCAGCCUGCCCCCCUGUAAGAUCAGAGUCCUAUAAUGAACCUGUUACAGCUGCCAGCUCACUUCCAGCCCAAGGAUCGGACUGUGUCUCAGCUUCCUGCACUGACCUCAGAGCCUCUGCCAGUGUGCUGCCAGCUGCAUCUACCCAACGACAUGAUAUUACUGUUUCUGCCCUGUCCCACAGAUUGCUUAAGAAAAGUACAUUUACCUGAACUUAGAGUUUUCUUUUCUUUUUUUUUUUUUUUACAAUUAAACAUGAUUAUAAGUUA